AUGGCUACCCCCAGUGUCCUUACCUUUGAUGCUGAGGGUCGGGCUGUUGACUUUGAGGUCUGGGUCGAUGACUUGCAGCUUUUCCUACAGUGCGAUAGGGCAGACGGUCUCUCCCUUUUCGAUCUCACGUCUGGUGCCUCUCCUGCCCCGCCUGCUGAUGCUGAUGCCACUGUUCGCUCACAGUGGGCCACGCGCGAUGCUGCUGCUCGCCUUGCUGUGCGCCGCCACUUACCGACCGCUGAGCGCGCGCAUUUUAGUCAGUACAAGAGUGCUAAGACCUUGUACGACGCUGUCGUUGCACGCUACUCUUCCCCUGCCACUGCUGCCCUUAGCCGCCUCAUUCUGCCAUACCUCUUCCCUGACCUCGCCGCUUUUCCCACAGUCGCUGACCUCAUUACGCACCUUCGCACUAGUGACAUUCGCUACCGCGCUGCGCUUCCUGCUGAGUUCUGCGCCAAGAACCCCCCCCCUAUGUACAUCACCCUCUACUACAUAGUCACCCGGCUCCCUGACACCCUUCGCUCGGUCAGGGACCACUUCCUCUCUGUUUGCCCCACCACCCUCACCUGCUCCCCCUCCCCCCUCUUGCCCUCUGUUGCCUCUGCUGCUGCGGCCGACCUCGUUGGUCUUGAGUCAGUCGGCGCGGCGUCUGCCCCUAGCGGGAGACGCCGCCCAGGCAAGGGCAAGGGGGGCAAGGGCGCUGGAGGGGCUGGCGGGGGCGGUGGAGGCGGCGGUGGAGGCGGCGGAGGGGGUGGGGGUGGCGGUGGGGGUGGUGGCAAGAGUGGGGGCGCUAGUGGCGGCAGUGGAGGCGGAGGAGGCGGCGGUGGUGGCGGUGCGAGCGGAGGUGGUGGAGGUGGAGGCGGUGGUGGAGGUAGCGGCGGCGGCGGUGGAGCUGGUCGAUGCGGCUCUUCGCAGAGGGUCGGCUCCGGCGGUGGUCAGCGCCAGCAGCAGCAGCAGCAGCGCACUCGUGAGACCCCUUCCCCCCAGCAGCUUCGUGAGUGGUACACUGCUCGUCAGCGGGGUGGGGGUGCUGGCCCCUGUACCUACGUUCUGCGUACAGGCGACCGCGCGGGUGAGCAGUGUGGGGGUCUGCACUCCACCCAGCGCUGCUUCGGCCGCCUGACGGACCGCCGUCAGUUCCCCGACGCUACUGAGAUCCCUCGCUGGGGCGAGCUGUCUAGGGCGGGUGUUGCGAUCUUUGAUCUUGAUUAUGAUGCUAUUCUUGCUGCAAUGUAUUCUGUGACUAUUACUGAUGAGGGUGACUGUUACCGGUGUUUUCCGCCUGACCCGGGCAUUGAGACUGCUGCUCUAGGUGCUGGUGAGGCUGCUGCUCUAGGUGCUAGUGAGUCUGCUGCCCCAGGUGCUGGUGAGUCUGCGCUCUCAGGUACCGCGUCGGCCCCGGCCACCCACACUUUCACCCUUGACUUGGGUGCUUCCCGCUCCUUCUUUCGAGACCGCACCACGCUUACGCCGCUUAGUCGGCCAGUGGCAGUCUCCCUGGCAGACCCCUCUGGGGGUCCUGUCCUUGCCCACUUCUCCACUGUCUUACCGUGUCCGGCGGCCCCUUCUGGCACCCUGUCGGGUCUUUACCUCCCCUCGUUCUCUACGAACUUGGUGAGUGGUGCUGACCUGCAGGAUGGAGGGGUUCACCAGUUCACUCUUGCGAGUCAGCGAGUGACCCACUGUACCUGUGCUCGGACGGGCCGUCACUUGGCCACGUUUACCCGUCAGCCGGGGUCGAGCCUGUCUGGUCCUGAGUCUGCCCCCUGCUCGUGUCGUCUCCUGUCUCACCAGACUCUCCUCUGGCACCACCGCCUUGGUCACCCCUCCCUGCCUCGUCUUCGAGGCAUGGCCUCCCGUGUUCUUGUCUCUGGUCUCCCCCGGUCCCUCCCUCCCCUUCCUCCGGGGCCUGCCCCCACCUGCGUUCCCUGCGUCGAGGGGCGGCAACGCGCUGCUCCUCACUCCUCCGAGUUUCCUCCGACCGAGGCUCCGCUGCAGACGCUUCACAUGGACGUGUGGGGCCCAGCCCGCGUCCGUGGUCAGGGUCACGAGCGUUACUUCCUGCUGGUGGUUGACGACUACUCGCGUUACACCGCAGUCUUCCCCUUGCGCAGCAAGGGUGAGGUCACUGAGGUGUUGAUCGCCUGGAUCCGCGCAGCUCGUCUCCAGCUCAGAGAGAGUUUCGGCUCGGACUUUCCUGUUCUGCGUCUGCACUCUGACAGAGGCGGAGAGUUCUCCUCUGACCUUCUGCGAGCCUUCUGUCGCGCACAGGGCAUCCGCCAGACCUUCACGCUUCCGGACUCUCCGCAGCAAAAUGGGAUUGCUGAGCGCCGCAUUGGCAUGGUCAUGGACGUCGCUCGUACGUCCAUGGUCCAUGCGGCUGCCCCCCAUUUUCUGUGGCCGUUUGCGGUUCGGUACGCGGCGCAUCAGAUCAACCUUCAGCCCCGGGUCUCCAUGCCGGAGACCUCCCCUGCUUUGCUGUGGACGGGGAAGGUUGGCGAUGCGUCUGCGUUCCGUGUCUGGGGAUCUCGGGCGUUUGUCCGCGACUUGUCUGCGGACAAGCUGUCCCCUCGUGCUGUUCCCCGCGUCUUCCUCGGCUUCCCCCCUGACGCGCCGGGCUGGCAGUUCUACCACCCCACCUCGCGCCGUGUUCUGUCCUCUCAGGACGUCACGUUUGACGAGUCGGUUCCCUACUACCGUCUCUUCCCCUACCGCACUGCGUCCCUCUCCCCGCCGCCGCUCUUCCUUACGCCAGGUCCCCCUCCGGUAGACCCCCUCCCCCCUCAGGGUCCUGCCCCCUCAGGUGUGUCUCAGGUAGACGCAGUUGACCCUGUCGAGGUAGCUGUUGACUCUGGUGCUACUAGGGGUGCUGAGUCUGGGGGUGCUGAGCCUGGGGGUGCUGACUCUGGGGGUGCUGCGCCUGGGGGUGCUGAGCCUGGGGGUGCUACGCCUGGGGGUGCUGCGUCUAGGGGUGCGGAGUCUGAGGGAGCUGCGUGA